GACGGGACGCUCUCUGCGCAGACAUCGACGAGUGCGCAAACCCCGCCAUCCGGGCGCGCUGCGUGCCCAACUCCGAGUGCUGCAACCUGCCGGCGCACUACCUCUGCAAGUGCAACCCUGGCUUCGAGGGCGACGGCGAGGAGGAGUGCAUCGACAUCGACGAGUGCGCAUCGGGCGGCGCGUGCGGCCUCAACGCCGCGUGCGUCAACGUGCCGGGCAACUACACGUGCGCGUGCCUGGAGGGCUACGUGGGCAACCCGUACGACGGCUGCGUGGACGUGGACGAGUGCGCGGAGGGCGGCGCGCUGGCGUGCGGCCCUGGCGCGCUGUGCAGCAACGAGGCCGGCGGGCGGCGCUGCGAGUGCCCGCCGGGCUUCGACGGAGACCCCUACGGCGCGGAGGGCUGCCACGACGCCGACG